AAUGCGCUCUCUUUCCACUAGGAGGCUGAUUAGCGAAGCGCUUGCCCGGAUGCAAAACAUUCGCUUCAUAUUGCGUGUUUGGUAAAAUAAAUAUUUUAUCUGUAAAUUAUUUAUAGAUCAUUUAAAUUCCGUAGCGGAUCACGGAGCGCCCCUUAUGUGGUUUUAAGCCAGGAGGCAAAUGCAGAUGUUUGCCUAGCUUAAGAGUUGCAUGUUUUUCCCUCAUUUAGUAGUGAAGACAAGCAGUCUCCUCUAAAGUGGCCAGGUUGGCUUGCAUCUAUGAACUCGUUGGUGCCCACCACCACCUCGGCCGUCAGUAGCCCUGUUAGUUCCUUGGACUCCCCACUUUCUGUCAUCAGUUCAUCCACUGGCUCGCCGGGUGUGCCAGUGACCCCUUCGGUGGGUUACGGACCCAUCAGCAACCCACAGAUUAAUUCCUCGAUGUCUGAGCUGCACACUGUCAGCAGCUCUGACGAUGUGAAGCCAUCCUUUGUUCUGAAGUCUCCAGGAGGCACCGGGCCAAUGCUGUCCCAAAAAAGACUCUGUGCCAUCUGUGGGGAUCGCUCCUCCGGAAAGCACUAUGGGGUGUACAGCUGUGAGGGCUGUAAAGGCUUCUUCAAGCGCACGGUGAGGAAAGACCUGAGCUACAUCUGCAGAGACAGCAAAGAGUGUCUCGUGGACAAGCGCCAGCGCAACCGCUGCCAGUACUGCCGUUACCAGAAGUGCCUAGCCAUGGGCAUGAAGAGAGAGGAUAGACAUCUGGUUUAUGAAAAUCCUCAUUCCUUGCACUCCACAGCUGUUCAGGAGGAGCGGCAGAGGAAUAAAGAACGUGAUGGAGAUUACGACUGUAAUACUGCAGCCAAUGAGGAGAUGCCUGUAGAGAAGAUCCUGGAAGCCGAGACAGCUGUGGAUCACAAGACAGAAUUGCACUCUGCUAGCAGCUCUACUGGUGCUGCCAUCGACCCAGUGACUAACAUCUGCCAGGCAGCAGAUAAACAGCUGUUUGGCCUGGUGGAGUGGGCCAAGCGCAUCCCACACUUCUGUGAGCUGCCUCUGGAUGACCAGGUCAUUCUGCUACGUGCAGGGUGGAAUGAGCUGCUUAUUGCCUCGCUUUCUCACCGCUCCAUUGGCGUGGAGGAUGGACUUCUGCUGACUACAGGCUUGCACAUGCUCAGAGACAGGGAAAGUUCACGCAGCCCAGAGGUGGGGGCCAUAUUUGACAGGUACUUGAAAGGGAUAUCAGACUCCUCACUUCUUACUUCUGACUGCAGCUUAUUCAAUGAUGAUAAUGAUAUAGUGCUCACUGAGUUGGUAAAUAAAAUGCGAGAUAUGCAGAUGGACAAGACUGAGCUUGGAUGUCUGCGAGCCAUCAUCCUCUUUAACCCAGAUGCCAAAGGUCUGAGCAACACGAGUGAAGUGGAACUCCUGCGAGAGAGAGUAUAUGCAUCCUUAGAGGCUUACUGCAGGCAGAAAUACCCUGAGCAGCAGGGGAGAUUUGCUAAGCUCCUCCUCAGGCUGCCUGCGCUGCGCUCCAUUGGGCUCAAGUGUCUGGAGCACCUUUUUUUCUUCAAGCUGAUCGGAGACACGCCCAUUGAGACGUUCCUGAUGGAGAUGCUGGAGGCUCCUCACUAGCUUUGCCCUAAGGGAGGCUGGGAGAUCACUGUGACUGCACUUUUCAAUCUCAGGGGAACUUGAGCAAUUGGCCAGCCUCCAGUCCAUGAUACACUUGUUGUUAGGUUUGUCUCUUUGUAAGUGCAAAACAGAGUCUAAAAAACCCAAGACUUGCCAUGAACUUAGAGUAUGUUGGUGCUAUAUUUCAGUCAUAAGUCUUGAAUUCUUGUGGAUUUUUUUUUUCCUUUUUUUUUUUUUUCUUUUUCUUUUUUAAAAGAUUGGAACCUUCAGUUCCCUUCCUAGCUUACAUGGGAUUUACAUUUUGAUAGAACCAUUUAAGGCUUUUAAACUUGUGGAUGUUGAGCUUUAUUUGUCUGUAAGUGUGCUCCUCCAUCAUCUCGUCAGUGUGGUUUCUUUUAUUCCUUAAGGGACUAAUUUAUUCAGCUCAGACCUUAAAGGACUGGCGAUACGAACAACUGAAAGAACAGUUAAGAAAAACUGUUUUAAAAUCUAUAAGCUGACAUCGCUCUCCCAGUUAAGCUAGCCUGGCCAAACAUGUAUGCAAUGAAAAUGCACAAAAGUCUGGAGAAAAGCUCAUUAUGAUGUGCAAUUUGCAAAAUAAUGCUAGUCAAAUAUUUUGGAGUUUAUUCCAGGGAAGCGAGGUCUUACCAUGUGCUCAUAGAUCUAGAUCAUGGGUGCUUGACUGAUCUUUUACAUGCUUGAUACAUUGUACUGUUUAUUUUCUUCUUCUUCUCCUUUUUUUUUUUUUUUUUUUCUCCUUCUUCUUUUCAGUUUGCAGUUUUGGUGAAAACUGAAAAAAAUAACUAGGAUACUAAGUUCACUAAAUUAGCCAUGCAUUGCUUUAUGACUGCAGUGUUCCAGGCUGAAGUCGGUAAACUGCUUUGUGACAUUGCUUUUUCUCUCAGUUAUUCUUUUCGUAGUACACGCUUGUUUUAUCACAUAUCACGUAACCUUUUAACUUGAGUUAUGAUUCCUUAUGUAAACUGCACUAUACCAGUUCAAAUAUCAGAUAUUUGACCAAAAGGGGUCAUAUUUGUGUAUGCUUUGGUGCUUUAAAAAAAGAAAAUGGCUGUUUUAAAUGUUACAUCCCUGAAAACGCACAUAGAAACUUGUAGGCAGGAAACAGUUAUAUUUUAACAAAGCUGAACAUAAGCAAUACUAAAUUUAAAAUACGAAUGUGUAUAAUCUCAUUUCUGAGUCAAAUUGUCAGACGUCAAUUUCUAGUACUGUGCAAACAGUUGUUCAGGGACAGUAAAACAUGAGUGCAACAAAAGAGCAGAAAUCCAUGUUCAUUUAUAUUCCAAUGAUUUUUAUCAUUGCUUUUAGUUGCUUUGUACAUCUAAAAUACAAAAAAAGACCUUAGUUUGCACUGUAUUUCCUGUGAAUCCCAGUUUUCUGACUGUCUUUGCUCUUUUUCUUAGUGAUGUGUUUUUUCUCAGAUUUCAAUUAGAUUUGUAAUCUUGCUGGUUUUUUGUAAGAUCUUUGCUUUGCUUUGGGGACGAAGACCACAGAGACUUUGAAAUGCAAGUUCCCUAUUGGCAAAAAUGUUUACUACACCUUCGGGUUGUUUUGUAUGGUCCUGUACAACCACCAUCCUUACUGCAUUAGGACAUGUUUGUGUCUGUCAUUGCACUAAAUUUGUCAUACAAUGAUGAUUGUAAUGAUCCUCCAUCAGGUUCUCCAUCGCUAGAGCUCAAUUUAAAGGAGCUUGAUGGCACUGCAAGUGAACCAUAUGGACACGACCCUAAAUAAAAGCUGG